CACCAAAAUUUGUAGCUUUACUUGACCCGAAAACGCUGAGAACUCGAAGCCCGAACUCCGAAGGCCAAUCUUAGUCAUAACAAUGGCGGUCUAAAAAUUAUCCACUAUCGAAUAAGUUUAGAACCGCGAUUACACAAAAAUUAGUACUAGUUUUUACUGACAGAAGAAAAGCGAUAAAAUUCUCAAAAGUGUAAAGAUGGCGGAAGAUACAGAGAAGAGAUUUCACAGUAUCAUGAACAAACUCCUCCAGUCCUCCAAAUCUAAUCUUCCUCUUUCUCCAAGGGGUUUUGGGUGGAUAGUUCAUCAAGUGCACAGAAAUAUAGAGGUCAGAAGCGUCCGUUGUCAGCGAUGGGACUGAACUCGAAAGGGGAUGGAGAUCAAACUGCAGCUCAAACGCCGUCAUGUAGACCAUGGGAUAGGGGAGAUCUCAUGAGGAGGUUAGCUACAUUCAAAUCCAUGAGAUGGUUUGCUAAACCCAAGGCCGUGGAUGCUGUGAAUUGUGCAAGGAGAGGUUGGAUUAAUGUAGAUAUGGACAUCCUAGCCUGUGAAGUUUGUGGAACACGUCUUCAGUUUUCUACUCCUUCAGCCUGGAACCAACAACAAGUUGAGAAGGCAGCUUUAGUUUUCAGCUUGAAGUUAGAUUCUGGACACAAACUGCUUUGUCCAUGGAUUGACAAUGCUUGUGAUGAAAAUUUGGCAUUGUUUCCACCUAUGCAAGCACCACUGUUGGUUGAUCACUACAAAGAACGUUCUUCUGCACUGUUGCAACUUUCAGCUCUUCCUAUGAUACCUGUUUCAGUGAUUGACACUAUGAAUAGUCCUCUAUUAGAACAUUUUCUCAAACAGUCCAUAGCAAUGGAAUGUGGUGCAGCACCUAAUGAUUCUUCUUGCACAGAGUAUCUUGGAAAUGACGCUGAAGUAGUUUCUGCUGACUUGUAUUAUCAGGCUCAUAGGUUACUAAGUUUAUGUGGAUGGGUACCUCGAUUGCUUCCUUACAUGGUUGAUUAUGAGGACAAGCCUAAAAAGUCUCUUAGCAAUGGAAACGUCUCUUCUCAUGCAACAGCUGAUGAGCAGAACAAUAAGUUGUCUAUAUAUGUGUCUGGGUCCAGUGAACUCAUGGGCGCAGAUGAAGACUCUGGGGCUACAAGUUUCUAUUAUGAUCCUAAUUCAACAGUAUUGGAUUGCAAGCUAUGUGGGGCAAGCAUUGGGUUAUGGGCCUUUGCAACAGUUCCUCGGCCUCUAGAAUUGGUGAGAGUAGUUGGUUGUGCUGAAAUUGGUGGAGGCAACCCUGGUAGCAGAAGUUUUGCAAUUGAAAGGGGAAGUGAUGUUGCUGCUACUAGUGAAGAAGCUACAUUACCAAAGAAAACAAUGUUGAAUUUAACGAUUGCUGGUGGGCCUCCGCCAACUAAACAGAACUUCAGGGCAACGAUCUCCUUGCCUGUUAUUGGUCGUAAUGUAAGGACUCGACUUUCUUACUUGCUAUCAGAUGCAAGUGCUGGUGAAGAGGGAGCUACAUCUUCUAAUGCCAUCGAAGCUUCAACUAAGGAUAUGCAGAAUGAAGAGACUGACUCUGGUGUAUGUGGUACUGGAUCACAAGAUAACACACCUUCAACAAAUGCAGAUGAUAUUGCUAAUUUACAGCAGAUACCUGUAGGUGAUACAGCAUUGAGGAAGGAUACACCAAUCCUAUCUAAUGGCAAAGAGAGGGUGAAUGAAGUAGAAGAGAUAACAAAUAUUGCUUCACAAAUGGAUGUUGCAACUGUGAGCAUAGAAAAAGAUGCAAGGAGAUAUUUACUUAAUAAAAAGAUGGAGUUUCACCCAAUCAACCAGCAUAGACAUUUCUGUCCUUGGGUUGCAUCUACUGAGACCACAUUCGCGGGAUGGCAACAAACUUUAUCAGCUCUGAGAAAGGAAAAGGUGUUUUCAGUUCCAGAGUUGGAAGGUUCUCCUUCAUCUCCGUCCCUGAUCAAGGUUGAUGAUCCUAUUACAUCUAUUAGAAGGCUCUUUGAAUCUCCACCAGCUAAAAGACCAAAAUCUGCUUUGACGUAAUAUUCUAGAGUUUGGCCAAGAUUAGCAGAUGAUGGUGGAAAUUUACCGAGAAAUAUAUUGAUUUUUUGACCUUAAUUAAGGAGUAUUAGGUAAUGCAUCUUUCUGCAUCAAUUCCACAUGUGCCUUAUUCAUUCCUUCGCAAAUGUUGUUGCUUACUUAGUCGUUCAUGAAGCCAUGUCUCCGUUUCGUUACAUAGUAAUUGCAGUGAGCCUUCUUAAACAACAAAUAUUCUAUUAUACCAUUUGUUUACUCUAUAUGACAAAAAUGAUCAAGUAUGAGAUCUUAGUUAAUCUUCAAUGUCAUUCUAGCAGGCCACAAUUUGUUACUAUCACUUUCGAGUAAGGGCGAUUGAAACCCCUUUCAGCCACUACAGCUCUCUUGUCACCGAUCAACUUCGCCACCCUGCAAGUUGUAAAACGGGUCAAGAUUUUUAGCACUGAUGGAUUGGAUGCGAGACUAAUAGAUUUUGAAUGUACUAUAUAUUUUAAUCUUCUUGUGAUAUCUGAAAAAAAAGGAAGAAUUAUUGAAAUUAAAUCCCCCUCCCCCCCUUGUGGAUGAGAACAUUUAUCAUGUUGUUGAUAUUACAAGUUAAAAUCU